AUGUCAGCUAUGUUUUCGCAAUCAAUGGGUGGUGGUGCUCUCUUUUUGGGAGGCCAGAAGGUUUCCGGACAGGAUGUGAGAGACCAGAACGUCUUGGCGACUCAAUCUAUCGCCAACGUUGUCAAAUCCUCCCUCGGUCCCGUCGGUCUCGACAAGAUGCUCGUCGACGAUAUUGGAGAUGUUACCGUCACCAACGACGGUGCGACCAUUCUCUCCCUCCUCGAGGUGGAGCACCCCGCCGGUCGCAUCCUCGUCGAGCUCGCUCAGCAGCAGGAUAAGGAAAUCGGUGACGGUACUACCUCUGUCGUCAUUGUCGCCGCGGAGUUGUUGCGUCGCGCCAACGAGUUGGUUAAGAACAAGAUUCAUCCCACUACCAUCAUCACCGGAUACCGUCUCGCUCUCCGUGAGGCUACCCGACACAUGCAGGAGCAGCUCGCGACAAAGGUAGACGCUUUGGGCAGGGACUCGUUGAUCAACAUUGCAAGAACCUCGAUGUCGUCCAAGAUUAUCGGUUCUGACGGUGCCUUUUUUGCGGAGAUGGUUGUUGAUGCUAUGCAGUCUGUUCGCUCUGUUAACUCUCGUGGUGAGGUCAGGUACCCCGUGAAGGCUGUCAACAUCCUCAAGGCGCACGGUCAGUCAUCUGUAGAGUCUCUCCUCGUUAAGGGAUACGCCCUUAACUGCACCGUCGCAUCUCAAGCCAUGAAGACUCGCAUCCAGGGUGCCAAGAUUGCGUGUCUGGACAUGAACCUCCAGAAGGUCCGCAUGGCCCUCGGUGUCCACGUUACCAUCGAUGACCCCGAUCAGUUGGAGGCUAUCAGGAAGAGGGAGGCUACUUUGACUCUUGACAGGAUUCAGAAGAUUUUGGGUUCUGGAGCAAAUGUCAUUUUGACGACCAAGGGUAUCGAUGAUCUUUGUUUGAAGAUGUUUGUGGAGGCUGGUGCUAUGGCUGUCCGUCGCUGCAAGAAGGAGGAUCUGAGAAGAAUAGCAAAGGCUACUGGAGCCACCAUGGUUUCCACUUUGUCUAAUCUCGAGGGUGAGGAGGUCUUCGAGGCGUCGUCGUUGGGUCAUGCCGAGGAGGUCGUGCAGGAGAGAAUUUCGGACGAUGAGUGUAUCUUGAUCAAGGGCACCAAGCAGUUCUCUUCCGCAUCCAUCAUCCUCCGAGGAUCAAACGACUACCAGCUUGACGAGAUGGAGAGGUCAGUACACGACUCUCUCUGCGUCGUCAAGAGAACACUGGAGUCAGGUACCGUCGUCCCCGGUGGUGGAGCCGUCGAGACCGCACUGUCGAUCUACCUCGAGAACUUUGCCACUACAUUGGGCUCCCGAGAACAACUCGCCAUCGCCGAAUUCGCCAACGCACUUCUCGUCAUUCCCAAGACCCUCGCCGUCAACGCCGCUAAGGACUCCUCCGACCUCACCGCCAAGCUCCGGGCAUACCACGCUGCAUCACAAGCGGCAUUGGCAACGGACACGAAGAAGAGGGGAUACAAGAACUACGGAUUGGAUUUGCUCAAUGGUGUGGUUAGGGACAAUGUCAAGGCCGGUGUCCUUGAGCCUAUGGUUUCGAAGGUGAAGAGUUUUAAGAGUGCUGUGGAGGCUUGUAUCGCAAUUUUGAGGAUUGAUACGAUGAUCAAGGUGGACCCAGAACCAGUCGCGGAGGAUGAUGGUCACGGUCAUUAA